UUUUGCUCCGAACAAAGAGUGACUCAGCGAGAGUGAGCUGUCUUCGUCAUUUGAAGCUCUGAGACUCGUCUUCAACUUUGAUAGACUGCUAUUGAUGCUGUUUGGUGACUUUCCUGUUUCGUUGACCGUAACUUUAUAGUACUAGUCGUCAGCGCGUUUUGACUCAAUAUCAGCAUGAAUAGUUGUACUACUUGUAGGGUAUAAAUCCGCGAGGAAAGCCAGGAGGAACCCUACAAGUACAAGGGAAGAGGUCAUGUCGGAUAGCCCGGAAGUUGUCAUGAUGUCGGAUACAGGAAAGUGGUGGUUUCUGAAGGAAAGUAAAAAGGAUGCGCUGCUCCAUAACGGAGCUGAUCUAGGAACCAUCCAGAACAUCGGCGUACCUAGUUGUGUCGGCUAUCUGAAGAUCAGCUGUUCAGUGAAGUCGCCGAAAGACUGGGACACGAGAAGACAAGAACACCGAAACAGCACCUCGAAAUACUUCCUGGCUCAGCGGAGAUGUGCGACCUAUACGACGCUCAAAAAUAGAGACGGGGCAGAGACAGGCAUCUGUAAAGAGCUUGACCGUUUGUUGGAAGAGGAGCUCGAAAGUGUCGAGAUCGCCGUCUAAAGAUCAACUGUGGGGGAGAGGAAGCUUGUAGGUGGAAAUAAAGGCCGAGGACGCUCUCGUGGUGCCCGUGCAGGCGGAAGAUGACGUGGUCGAGUAGCUAGAUUGAGACCUCACCGCUCUGCUGUUAAAGUCUCAUUUCUUUAAAUCUUAGCCAAAAUGUAUUGCAUGGUCUUUAUUUUCUGUUAUUCAGUAGCCAAUUGUUCGUGCUUUUGUAUUUCAUAGUAUCAGUGCCAUCAAACAUACCAUGAUGCUUUUCUUGUAGAUAGUAGCAUAACGGAUACGUGCAGAAUUGAAAAAACAGUUUAAAUGAAGUACCUUUUGAAUUGUAAAUAUCGAUAGACCUGUGCU